CUGAGGAUUUAAACAAUGUAGUGGGUGAGGCCUUCCGUUUGGCUUACGCCCAACAGCGAAUCUCUUCUUUGGUUAUCGCCUCAGCAACCACACCUGUGUCACUUCCUGCCGACCUCGGGACAACCGCAGCCCCAGGCGUUUCUCAUGCUGGCCAACUAUCUCCAGUUAUUGAGUUGCCUCCAUCCCUCGAUGCAUUUGAUGAGCACCACAAAUUAGCAACUAAUGGACACGGGCGGAUAUUAUCAGAUCAC